AUGGCGGCGGAUCUGAACCUGGAGUGGAUCUGCUCCCUGCCCCGGUCCUGGACUUACGGGAUCACCAGGGGCGGCCGAGUCUUCUUCAUCAACGAGGAGGCGAAGAGCACCACCUGGCUGCACCCCGUCACCGGCGAGGCCGUGGUUACCGGACACCGGCGGCAGAGCACAGAUUUGCCUACUGGCUGGGAAGAAGCAUAUACUUUUGAAGGUGCAAGAUACUAUAUAAACCAUAACGAAAGGAAAGUGACCUGUAAACAUCCAGUCACAGGACAGCCAUCACAGGACAAUUGUAUUUUUGUAGUGAAUGAACAGACCGUUGCAACCAUGACAUCUGAAGAGAAGAAGGAACGACCUAUAAGCAUGAUAAAUGAAGCUUCUAACUAUAACAUGACUUCAGAUUAUGCGGUGCAUCCAAUGAGUCCUGUAGGCAGAACUUCACGGGCUUCAAAAAAAGUUCACAAUUUUGGAAAGAGAUCGAAUUCAAUUAAAAGGAAUCCUAAUGCACCUGUGGUCAGGCGAGGUUGGCUUUAUAAACAGGACAGUACCGGCAUGAAGCUGUGGAAGAAACGCUGGUUCGUGCUUUCCGACCUCUGCCUCUUUUAUUACAGAGAUGAGAAAGAAGAGGGUAUCCUGGGAAGCAUACUAUUACCUAGUUUUCAAAUAGCUAUGCUUACCUCUGAGGAUCACAUUAAUCGCAAAUACGCUUUUAAGGCAGCCCAUCCAAACAUGCGGACCUAUUAUUUCUGCACUGAUACAGGAAAGGAAAUGGAGUUGUGGAUGAAAGCCAUGUUAGAUGCUGCCCUAGUACAGACAGAACCUGUGAAAAGAGUGGACAAGAUUACAUCUGAAAAUGCACCAACUAAAGAAAUCAAUAACUUUCCCAACCAUAGAGUGCUGAUUAAACCAGAGGUCCAAAAUAACCAGAAAAACAAGGAAAUAAGCAAAAAUGAAGAGAAAAAGGCAUUGGAAGCUGAAAAGUAUGGAUUUCAGAAGAAUGGUCAAGAUAGACCUUUAACAAAAAUUAAUAGCGUAAAGUUGAAUUCUCUGCCAUCUGAAUAUGAGAGCGGGUCAACAUGCCCAGCUCAGACUGGACACUAUAGGCCAGUCAAUGUGAAUAGUUCGGAGAACAAAACAGUCAAUGUUAGCCUGGCAGAUCUUAGAGGUGUAAAUCACCCAAAUACAGGGCCCUUACACACAGAGGCUGAUCGAGUCAUCCAGAGGACAAACUCAAUGCAACAGUUGGAACAGUGGAUUAAAAUCCAGAAGGGGAGGGGCCAUGAAGAAGAAACCAGGGGAGUAAUUUCUUACCAAACAUUACCAAGAAAUAUGCCAAGCCACAGAGCACAGGUUAUGGCGCGCUAUCCAGAAGGUUAUAGAACACUCCCAAGAAACAGCAAGACCAGGCCUGAGAGUAUCUGCAGCAUCACCCCUUCCACUCAUGACAAAACAGUGGGACCUGGAGCAGAAGAGAAACGGAGAUCAAUGAGAGAUGACACGAUGUGGCAGCUUUACGAGUGGCAGCAGCGCCAGUUUUAUAAUAAGCAGAGCACCCUCCCUCGUCAUGGUACUUUGACCAGUCCUAAAACCAUGGUUAAUAUCUCUGAUCAGACAAUGCACUCUAUUCCCACAUCACCUUCCCAUGGGUCAAUAGCUGCUUAUCAGGGAUACUCCCCUCAACGAACAUACAGAUCAGAAGUAUCUUCCCCAAUUCAGAGAGCAGAUGUGACGGUAGACCACAGGCACAGAGCCCACCACCCUAAGCAUGUCUAUGUGCCUGACAGGAGGUCAAUGCCAGCUGGCCUGACUUUACAGUCUAUCAGUCCCCAGAGCCUCCAAGGCAAAACGCCAGAGGAGCUUACGCUGCUGCUAAUAAAGCUGAGACGGCAGCAGGCCGAACUGAACAGUGUCCGGGACCAUACGCUAGCACAGCUCAUGCAGCUGAAACUUGAGGCCCACAGCCCAAAGAAUGAAAUUCUUUCACAUCAUCUUCAAAGGAACACCAUAUAUUUGGAUCACCAGCUGUCACAAGAUGAAUGUAGAGGCACAUUAUAUAAAUACAGACCUGAAGAAGUGGAUAUUGAUGCCAAGUUAAGCCGGUUAUGUGAACAAGAUAAAGUGGUACAUGCCCUGGAAGAGAAACUUCAGCAACUCCACAAGGAGAAAUACACGCUUGAGCAAGCUUUGCUAUCAGCCAGCCAAGAGAUAGAAAUGAAUGCAGAUAACCCAGCAGCCAUUCAGACCGUGGUGUUACAGAGGGAUGAUUUACAAAACGGACUGCUCAGUACAUGUAGAGAACUCUCUCGAGCCACUGCCGAACUGGAACGAGCAUGGAGAGAAUAUGACAAGUUAGAAUACGAUGUAACUGUUACCAGGAACCAGAUGCAAGAACAGCUAGAUUGCCUUGGUGAAGUUCAGACUGAAUCAGCAGGAAUUCAGCGUGCACAGAUUCAGAAAGAACUUUGGAGAAUUCAGGAUGUCAUGGAAGGACUGAGUAAACACAAACAGCAAAGAAGCACUACAGAAACAGGUAUGGCAGGGUCAAAGCCUUUCUCAACAGUUAAGUACAAAAAUGAGGGUCCAGAUUAUAGACUCUACAAGAGUGAACCAGAGUUAACAACAGUGGCAGAAGUUGAUGAAUCUAAUGGAGAAGAAAAAUCAGAACCUGUUUCAGAAAUGGAAACUUCCGUUAAAGGUUCCCACUUUCCUGUUGGAGUAGUCCCUCCCAGAACAAAAUCACCAACACCUGAAUCUUCGACAAUAGCCUCCUAUGUAACCUUAAGGAAAACUAAGAAGAUGAUGGAUUCAAGAACGGAAAGGCCCAGAAGUGCAGUGGAACAGCUCUGUUUGGCUGAAAGUACCCGACCUAGGAUGACUGUGGAAGAGCAAAUGGAAAGAAUAAGGAGACAUCAACAAGCAUGCUUGAGGGAAAAGAAAAAAGGAUUAAAUGUUAUUGGUGCUUUAGACCAGUCACCCUUACAGAGUCCUUCAGGUUUCAGGGAUAAUCCCUUUAGGAUUACCCAGACUCGAAGAAGGGAUGAUAACAUUAAGGAAUUGGAUACCGUCAGUAGAGAAAAUGAUGUCAAGCCAAACCAUGAAACUCCCGCGGCAGAAAUUCUUCGACUAAAAGAAGCAGAACCUCCAAAUACGGAUUUCGACAAAGAGUUUAAAAAAACUGAGGACAUUUUUUCCAAAACACUUUUCAAACCUGAACCAAAUGGAGUAAGUUCGGAGGAAGUGAUGGAUAAAGAGGGAAACAAAGAGAAAAUGCCCGAGGAUGUUUCAUACAGCCCUCAAGAUGAGGUACAGAUCACAAAUCAUAAAGCAGAAAGCCACCCUGAAGAGAAUAUAAAGGACAAUCUUCAUGAGCAGGAAGAAACGAUUGUUUCCUAUGAACAAACUCCUGAGGCUUCUAGAGGAAAUCAAACAAUGGCAGUGCAAAGUCUGUCCCCAUCUCCUGAGUCCUCAGCAUCGCCUGUUCCAGCUACUCAGCCGCAGCUCACAGAGGGAUCCCAUUUCAUGUGUGUGUAGUCCCGGAAAAACUAUACCGACUCCUGUUGAAACCAUUCAAAACUAAAGACAUGGACCUUCAGCAAUGUGAGAAGAUAUUGUACAGUAUAUUUUAAAUCUAUGAAAUUCAUAGUUCUGAUGCUUUUGGCCACAGAGCAUCAUUUUAUCACUUCUGGAAAAUGUUUAUUCCAAACAGCUUUAAUGGAUCAUAUGUACACUCCAUAAUCUCAAGGUUGUUGUUCUGACACCAGCUUGCUGCUAUGAUUUCAGAGCACAUAAGUAAAGGUGCUUUUUUAAUGUGCGGUCUACAGCCAGAUCUUACUUAGUUGCUGAUUUACAGAUUUUGAUGUUUCUAAAGUUUAGGUGGAUUUAUAUUUCUUUCUGCUUUUUCAGUACAGAAAUUUAGUUAUUAUUUCCAAUGAAGCUUGUUUUCCUUUUUUUUUUUUUCUUCCCGUUUUGGCUACUGCAAUGCUUUGUUUCACACUUGAUUUGUAAAAAUUUUAUAUAUAUAUUUAAAAUGUGUCAUUUUAUUAUUGCUAAGUGAAGUACGUCCUGUUUUCUGCUAUAAUUAUUUCUCAGUCAGAUUGCAAUGUCAGCAGUUACUGCCACACUCUUGUCAGCUUAAACACAAAUGUUACCGCUUACUUUUUCUUAAAAAUACAAUUUAAAAUGUAGGUAUUUUGAAGGACUGGGCUUAUACUUCAAUUGGGAUAGAUGUGUACAGCAAUAAGCAGUUUUCAAAUCCAGUACUUAGUUUGUGUACAAAUGUAAUUAUGUUCAUUGUGUAUAUAUUAUACAAUGAGCACAUGUAAGUAUUAAAGGCUCCUUACUAUUGUUUAAAUGCAAAUGUUCAUAUCUCAUUUCUUUUUUAUCAUGUUAAAUAAAUGUUGAU